AUGACCGAUACCGAAUCCCGUGCAUGGGCGUACUUGACAAGAAUUACACCCGCGAUCUCGGUGGUUUGGGUGGUGGUAUUGCUCAUCUUCGCGUUCGUUGUCGCACCAUAUGGCCAAGGCAGCAGCAAUAGGCAGCCUGGUGAGGCAACAUGGUGGCAGUUGGUGCUCAGCGUUUAUACCGUGGCGCUGCACAUCAUGUCCAUUGUCUUCCCGGCGAGGGUAUGCUUUGCGAUUGGGGAGAUAACCGCGAAAAUCAAGGCAACCGCUUCGAUCAAAGACGAUCCGAAGUCGCGCAAAACUCGGUCUGUUAGGACGGAGAAGGGCACCUUGACAGUGCCUAUGCCACUGUUCGUAAUCAUGAUACCGGCGUACAAGGAGGAUAUGGGAACAUUGGAAGAGACAUUACGUGUGCUGGCUGCCCACCCGCAGGCACGGCAUUGUUACCAUGUGUAUCUUGCGAUGGAAGCUAAAGAAGAGAAAUCCAAUGUCAAAGCUCAGACGUUGAUUGACAGACAUACCAAAUCAUUCUAUAAGAUGAGCUUCACCAUCCACCCAGAAGGCAUACCCGGCGAAGCGCAAGGCAAGAGUAGCAAUGAAAGCUGGGCUGCGAAGCAAGUGCUGCGGGACUACCCAGACCAUGAGGUUAGGCAGAACGUGAUAAUCACCACGAUGGACGCGGAUACUCAUCUCCCUCCACGCUACUUCUCACAGAUCGCACGAUAUCAUCUCGAAUUUCCGGAGACCAACGACAUAACAGUCUAUGUGCCGCCGCUGGUGUUUGACCGGAAUCUGCACCGCGUUCCUUUGCCAGUCCGGACGGCAGACCUUAUGUGGGCAGGCGCCGGAAUCUCUAGUCUGUACUCCGGCUCGACUGUCUGCAUCCCCACCUCUGUAUACUCAUUACCGCUGUCGCUGGUUGAAUUCGUUGGCGGGUGGGAUACCGGCCCGGGCGCGAUUGGUGAGGAUAUGCACAUGUACCUAAAGUGCUUCUUUGCACUCUCUGGUAACUUGGAGGUGCGCGUUGUGUAUGCUGCCGCUAGUCAGUGCAACGUGAGCAGCGACGUCCGUGGCUUUUAUGGCUAUCUGGACGGCCUCAACGCCCGAUACCUACAGGCUUUGCGACACAUGUGGGGUUCGCUAGACACUGGCUAUGCUAUCAGGCAGACAGUUGCGAUGGUCAACAGACACCGCAAAGCGUACCAGGGUCGCGCAGACUUGCCGCCGGACGCGCCAAAAUCUGACUGGAUCAACUUCUACAAGAAGAUUGGCUUCCACGAGUCGCAGUUACAGAAGCAACCAAAAACGCGGCCUGUGCGACCAAGGCCGAUUCACAAGAUGAACGUCUAUACCAUUGGACAUCGUCUAUUCGAGGCGCACUUCCUGCCUACGCAUCUAGUAGUGAUCCUUACAACCUCGAGCAUCUUUACUUUGCUCACUCCGGACUUUCUCAUGCCUAGGAUCCUCCGCAUCGCGCUCGACUUCUCGGGCUGGUGUCGGCUUGCUGGCUGGCUGCUCAUGCUCGUCUUCUUCUUUCGCUACGAGAGUUACCACCAGCUCUGCGUCAAGCUACGAAAGGAUGAAAUGCGCAAAGCUGGCAUGCUGGAUGAAAUGGUGGAGCACGACGGCUUCAGCAACAAAGUCUUCCAGGUCGCCGGCGUCUUUGAGACCGGCCUCUUUCCGAUUGGAGGCUUCAUCUUCGGUGCAAUACCGGCAAUGCAGGCUGUGCUGAGCCACAUCUUCACAGACCGUAUCACAUAUGUCGUGAGCUUGAAGCCGCAAAUCGCACUGAAACGUUUCGCCAGGGGCAUCACACCGUAG